AUGGGGGAUCCCCGUUGGCAACAACCACGAGGUCCUACGGUAGGUAACAGCAGGUACAAGCAAGUUGAUCGAAGGGGACCAGCGCUUCUACUCCUCCACCGAGGAGCCGUUCCUGCGAGAAGCAAGGGAUGUCGUGAACGGUGUGGAGAGCUUUUUGCGGGGAAACCUGCAAGUACAGUUUGGCGGGGAGGCGGGCGUCGACCCCUACCUUAUGAGUAUUCGGACUAUAACAGUUCCGAUGAACAGUCACUCACUUUUAACAGUUAUACGAUUCCAGAAGAUGAUCUAGAAUUGGGUCAAUCACGUUUAUUAGAAGUCGACAAUAGAGCGGUUCUACCAGCAAAGAGCCAUAUACGUUUUAUUGUAACAUCUGCUGAUGUACCUCAUAGUUGGGCUGUACCUUCCUUAGGUGUCAAAUGUGAUGCUGUACCGGGUCGUUUAAAUCAGACCUCUAUUUCGGUACAACGAGAAGGAGUUUACUAUUGGAUUUGA